CUUCUCUUAUUAUUGCGUUAGGACUCUCUUUCAUCUUGAAAGUAUUAGAAUCUCCUUCCUUCUUUGGCACGCUGCCCGUCUUCAAUCGCUAUCUGUUUGCGAAGUCCCUUUUAUAUCGCCCCAACAGCCUCAUACACCACGCCGCUACCGUUAUCAUGACGGACAACAGGAAGCCUGAAGACUACACCAUAGAGAUGGACAAGUUGGGUCAAAAUAAGAAUUAUCAAGCGCCUCCGCCUCCGCCACAACCCAGAAGUUCUACCGCGAGCUCAAUUUCCAACAAUGCUGCUCUUUCUGUUCUGGCAUACUGCGGUUCGUCCAUUUUGAUGACCGUUAUGAACAAAUAUGUCCUAUCUUCGGACUUCAACCUCAACUUCUUCCUCCUUUGUGUGCAGUCUCUCGUGUGUAUCAUUGCAAUCCAAUUGUGCAAGGCAUGUGGGCUUAUCACAUACCGCGAUUUCAAUUUGGAUGAGGCUCGGAAGUGGUUUCCCAUCACGCUCCUACUCAUCGGCAUGAUCUAUACCGGUUCAAAGGCAUUGCAAUUUCUCUCUAUCCCUGUCUACACGAUCUUCAAAAACCUGACCAUCAUCCUCAUCGCCUAUGGCGAGGUUCUGUGGUUUGGUGGCUCUGUGACGAAUCUCACUCUCUUCUCGUUCGGCCUUAUGGUUUUCAGCUCUAUCAUCGCUGCUUGGGCCGAUAUCAAGCAUGCUAUUGAAAGCAGUGGCGAUGCGACAUCAAAGGUUUCCACAUUAAAUGCUGGAUACAUCUGGAUGUUGAUAAACUGCCUCUGCACGUCAUCUUACGUUCUCGGAAUGCGCAAACGAAUCAAGCUGACCAACUUCAAGGAUUUUGAUACCAUGUUCUACAACAAUCUUCUCUCAAUUCCCGUUCUGAUCGUCUGUUCCGGCAUCUUGGAAGACUGGUCCCCUGCGAAUGUCGCCCGUAACUUCCCGUCUGCUGACCGCAACGGCAUCAUGUUUGCGAUGAUUCUGUCUGGACUGUCCACGGUUUUUAUCUCAUAUACCUCCGCCUGGUGUGUUCGCGUCACAUCGUCGACCACUUAUUCCAUGGUUGGCGCUCUCAACAAGCUUCCUAUCGCACUUUCUGGCCUAAUUUUCUUCGACGCUCCUGUCACGUUUCCUAGCGUUUCGGCCAUCAUGGUUGGGUUUGUAAGUGGUAUCGUGUACGCCGUUGCCAAGAUCAAGCAGAACGCAAAGCCAAAGGUCGGGAUUCUGCCUACCACUAAUCCGGUCAGCGCCAGCAGCCAGAGUAUGAGGGAUUCGCUGCGCUCGUGA